GCCUUAAAAUCCAGCGGGCAGCUUGUGGUCGAGCAACCAGAUGGAGCGGCUCCGGUGGGGAACAGCCGCCGGGCUGCGGGCGGGGCGGGGGAGGAGCGAAGGGGCAGCGGUGCCGGCCGGGCGCCGCGGGGCCCGCCCUGUCCUUGCCCCGCUUCUUUUCCCUUCCCUUCCCGGGCCCAGCCCAGCCCAGCCUGGCCCGGCCGAGCGGCGCUGCGAACUCCGGCCCCGCCACCGCCAUGUCGGGCCCGGGCGGGCUCGGCGCGCUGGGGCUGCUGCCGCUGCUGCUGGGGCUGCCCGGGCUGCCGCAGGCCCGGCCCCGCUACGAGCCCACCUGGGGCUCGCUGGACGCCCGGCCGCUGCCCGCCUGGUUUGACGAGGCGAAGUUCGGCGUGUUCAUCCACUGGGGCUUGUUCUCGGUGCCCAGCUUCGGCAGCGAGUGGUUCUGGUGGUACUGGCAGAAGGAAAAGAGAGAGCCCUAUGUGAAAUUUAUGAACACAAAUUACCCACCUGGCUUCAGCUAUGAAGAUUUUGGUUCUCUGUUUACAGCAGAAUUCUUUGAUCCCAACCAAUGGGCAGAUAUUCUGAAGGCUUCAGGUGCAAAAUACGUUGUCUUAACUUCAAAACAUCAUGAGGGCUUUACUUUGUGGGGGUCCAAAUAUUCUUGGAACUGGAAUGCUGUUGAUGUGGGACCAAAGCGAGAUCUUGUUGCUGAACUAGCAACAUCUGUUAGAAACAGGACUGACUUGCAUUUUGGGUUGUACCAUUCCCUGUUUGAAUGGUUCAAUCCUCUCUUCCUUGAGGAUGCCACCAAUGCCUUUAACACAAGCAAGUUUCCAACCAGCAAAUCAUUACCAGAACUCUAUGAAAUUGUGACCAAGUACCAGCCAGAAAUAAUUUGGUCUGAUGGGGAUGGAAAUGCUCCAGAUACUUACUGGAACAGCACUGGUUUCUUGGCUUGGCUGUAUAAUGACAGCCCGGUCCGGGACACAGUAGUGACCAAUGACCGCUGGGGAGCUGGCAGUAUCUGUGCCCAUGGCGGCUUCUACACGUGCAGUGACCGCUACAACCCCGGGCACCUCCUGCCCCACAAGUGGGAGAACUGCAUGACCAUCGACCGCAGCUCCUGGGGCUACCGCAGGGACGCGCAGCUCCGGGACUACCUCCCCAUCGAGGACUUGGUGAAGCAACUUGCAGAAACAGUGUCUUGUGGAGGAAAUCUCCUGAUGAACAUUGGGCCCACCCACGAUGGUCGCAUCGCUGUUGUGUUUGAGGAGCGCCUGAGGCAGGUGGGCUCUUGGCUGAAGGUCAAUGGAGAAGCCAUCUAUGGAACGAAACCAUGGAGAGCACAGAACGACACAGUCACACCUGGAGUCUGGUACACGUUCAGCCCUAAAGAAGGGAAAGUCAGUGCUAUAUUCCUUAACUGGCCAGUCUCUGGGAUUCUGGAACUUGGUGAGCCACGGGCUAAGCUUGGAGAAACACAGGUGACACUGGCUGGAUAUGGGGAACUGCUGAAAUGGGUUGCCCUGGGAGAAAAGGGAAUGGUUAUUGCUCUACCUCAAUUGACUCCUCAGCAAAUGCCAUGUCAGUGGGGCUGGACCUUACAACUGACUGACGUACACUGAGCCAUACUCUGGCUAGCAGGGAGUGCUGAUGUUUUUUGCUCUUUCUUAUCACUGGUUUUAAACUUGUUUGACUGAGAAAACCAAUAAAUUCACUUUUCUAUGA